GCGCUACUCCUGAAUUUUGACUCCCCCGCCCCCAGGUUCUCAGUAUAGUCCACUGAUACUUUGCUGGGCUGAAAUACUCUUUCUGGUCUGCUUGCGUCAUAUUAAACCAGACCCUUUAUAAAAACAAGCCUCUAAAAACAUACAGGGCUGGAUAUAUUGGAGGAAUUGAAAGCAUCCUCUAGUUGAUUUCGUCUUUGGAGGUGCUUCACUCUAAUUUCACUUUGCGACUGUUUUUCGUUUCCGCUCAGAAAAGCUGGCUGUACAGCAGUAGGAACUAUGGAUAUAUUCUUCAGAGGAACCACAACAAGUUCCCCCAUAAAAAACAGGAAUACACAGGGACGUCAGCCAUCCUACAGUUUUGACCCAUCCUUCCUCUCUGAUACUUCUUAUGAGUGUUUCUCCACAAAUCCGGAAACAGGCUUGGUGCAUGUGUGCCGUCGAAGUCCACGCCUACUUGCAAAUGGGUACUAUGUACUGACAGAAGACAGUGUUGUUACUAAUGACCAGGGUAACCUGACCCUCACGCCAACACAGACCAACAUUUCCUACAAAGAAAAUCUUGCUCGAAUUUUCCGUCGGAGGCGCAAAGGCAGAAGGUCUUUUGCCACACUCUUGAAUGAUGUGAGCCAGUCCUUGCUUACUGGAAGUAUUUUUGGUAGAGAUGGCACCCUGUCCUCUACUGAACUAUCAUCAUGUUUGGAUGUUAGCAACAGCAAUGAACAAGAUACCUCUGUCUAUUUUACAUAUGGUGAGGGCUUUGUUGUUGAAAAUGUUUUUAGACUAAAGUGUGUGUAUAUGUGUAUUCUGGACCUGUGUAUGUCUGUUGCAGAUCCGACAGAAAUGGUGCCUCUUAAAGACAAAGAAACACUUUUACCAGAGGUGGAGUCUCUCUCUGAAGACUGUUCUACCCCUGUUCUGCCUGCUCAGUCACUGUAUUGUCUGAUUGAUGUCACACCACAAUCUAAAUGUUACUGCACACCCACCAAUCCACCCUCAGGGUUCUAUGGGCUGCCAUAGACUGAAGAGCGGAAGAAGAAGAAGGCGAAAGUUGACAAAAACAAUUAGCAUGUUGUGGCUUACAGCAGUUGGAUACAGUUAAUGUUUUGGACACUGUUAAAGCGGUUCCUGCGCAUCUGCAGUGCUUGGCCCAAAUAAUAAUAAUAAUAAGAAAGUUGAUGAAAACAAUAGGUGCCUAUGCACCUGUAGUGCUUGGCCCCUAAAUAUAUUAUUGCAAUUCAAUAAUUCAAUAGAUGAAUAUGUGAAGAGAGUUUAGAAUUUCUAAUGUGAAGAAAGUUUAGAAUUGGAACAUGUAACUAACAGGUGUUUCUUGUUACCCAGAUAGGUCCUGUUAAAUUUACUGUUAAUAACAAUAAAUAGUCUGAACAUACUACUCUUGGUUUUAGCUUGCAGUUUCACCCGUGAAGGCUGCAUUUGUUGUUAAAAAGGAUAAGCCAACACGAAGAUCAGAGAGCUGUCUAUGGGAGAAAAGCAAGCCAUUUUGAUGCUGAGAAAAGAGGGAAAAUCAUUCAGAUGCAUUUCAAAAACAUUGGGCAUAGCCAGUACAACAAUUUGGAAUGUCCAGAAAAAGAUAGAAACCACUGGUGUACUGAGCAACACACUCUGAAUGGGGCAGCCAAGGAAAUCAAUAACAGCUCAUGACAGAAACAUUACGAGAACGGUGUAGAAAAAUCCAAAAACAACAGUCAGUGACAUCACUAAUAACCUCCACAGGGCAGGCAUGAAGCUAUCACAAUCCAUCACCCAAAGAUGAUUUUAAGAGCAGAAAUAUAGAGGCCAUACUACAAGAUGCAAACCAGUCAUCAGCAGUAAGAAUUGGAAAGCCAGACUGGAAUUUGCAAAAAAAAUACAGAGAUGAGCCACAAAAGUUCUGGAAUCAAGAUUAACCUCUACCAAAGUGAUGAAAAGGUCAAAAUGUGGAGAAAGAAAUGCUCUGCUCAUGAUACAAAACAUACAAGCUCAUCUGGGAAACAUGGUGGAGGUAGUGUCAUGGGUUGGGCUUGCAUGGCUGCUUCUGGAAGAGACUCACUAAUCUUUAAUGAUGAUGUAACUCAUGAUGGUAGUAGCAGAAUGAAUUCAGAACAUUUUUCUGCCAAUUUACAGAGAAAUGCAUUCAAAUUAAUCGGGAGGAACUUUAUCAUGCAGCAAGACAAUAAUCCAAAACACACUGCCAACAAAGGACUUUAUCAGGGGGAAAAAGUGGAAGGUUUUAGACUGGCCAAGAUAAUCACCAGACCUUAACCCAAUAGAGCAUGCAUUUCAACUCCUGAAGAGGAGACUGAAGGGAGAAACUCCUGAAAAUUGGUGGUCUGAUACAAAAGGUUCUAUGUUUUAUGUUGUUUAACACAUAGAUGUAAAUAUCAGGAAAUGAAAAUAGAAAUCCUAAACUCUUGUCUCAUAUCCAUCAUUUCAUCUCAAACCUAAACAUCUUUGGUAUAUAGCACAAACAAAUGAAUUGGCCUUGCCAUUCCAAUAGUUUCAGAGGGGAGUGCAUGUAUUAUUUAGCAAAUGAGUAACCACUUAUAUUGGAGAUGAAACAAGAAUUUUCAGCAAUUUCAGGUAAUUUACCAUAGAAAUAUAGUGUUUUUAUUAACUUUUAUAACUGUUAAAGUACUACCUAUUGCCUCAUCUCUAUAGAAUUUUGCAUGUUUCUUUAAAAUAAUACUGAAGAUGCAUGUGCUUACCUAAUUUCAUGAAGUUCUGAGGUUUUGUUUAGGAAUUAUAGGCUUUUGGGUACACUUCUUCAUGCCCAAAUUUUUAAAUGACUAUAUUGUAGCAAUCCAAAGACUAAAUUUCAACAAUUUUACAUAAUUAUUAAUAAUCAUUAAUGUAGGGAGUCCAGAAAAUUGUACUACAGUCCAAAGAAUUGUACUUAUUGAAGCUGAGAGAAAAACAUUUUUUUAAUAAUCACAUAUUUAAAGGAGUCAUAACAUGAUUUUUAAUGUUUUCCUUUUGUUUGGGUGUGUAAUAUAGCUGUUUGUGCAUGUAUAAGAUCUGCAAAGUCACAAAGCUCAUAGUCCCGCCCCACCCAAAGGGAUUUAUUUUAUCUAGCAGAGAACACUGCUCCAGACCUGUCCAAAACAUGUCAUUCGAAGUCCAGAUUUACUUCCAUAACACAUCAGGUGCGAAGAAAGAAGGUGAAGCUUCAGUGAAUUCAGGUGAAAUGUUGCGGUGACGCUGUGUGUUUCAAUAAUUUGUGUGUAGGACAAAUUAUGCAGAAGUUAUAAGCAAAAAAAUUCAUAUCAUGACAAGUGGGUGGCGCUGUUCUGAAAUUGUUCAUGUACCCUCAGGUAAUGGUUGUUACAAUACACCAAAACAUUGCGGAGAUAUAACCUCAUGUUAAUUUUGGCAUGUUCACUGUCAUACCAUCAUGUGAAAAAAUAAGUACACUCCAUGGAAAUUAUUUUUAAUUUUUAUUUAUUUAUUUAUUUAUUUUUACAUAUUUGGACAAAAACAUUUUAUUCUCUUUAAAACCGUGCCUAUUAAUAGAGGUGAGGUCAAAUGACACAUAAAAUUGACAGUUUGUAGUAAUUUUCACAAUUUAAAUUAACAAAAAAACAGAUCAGUCAUAUGGGAACAAGAACACACCUACAUUUUAUCACACUUUUAAAUCCAUAAAAUUAGAAUCAGGUGCUCAAGAUUGGGUGCCAAUAUUUAGAACCUGCUUAGGGAGUGCAGGUGGAACCUGUCUUAAUUAAACCUCUCACAUCUAGUGUCUGGUGUUCCUUUUGUUAUUGAAGUGAGUGUGCCUUCAGCAAGAAGGCUGUGGAUGCUUAUGAGUCUAACAAGGAAUUUAAACAGAUCUCCAAAUUAUUUGCAAUACAUCAUUCCACUGUAAGGAAAAUCAUCUACAAAUGGUGAAGAUUUUAAAUGACUGCCAAUUUGUCCAGGACUGGACAUCCCAGCAAAUUCAGCCUAAGAGCAGACCAUCUGAUGCAAAAAGAAGUUUCCAAGAACCCCAAAACUGAAUCAUAGGAUCUGCUACUAAGUCUUGCAACUGUUGGUGUCAAAGUUUGACCUGCAUGGGAGGUGUGCCAGGAAAAAGCAUUUACUGUCUAAAAAGAAUUUUAGACCAAGACUACAUUUUGCCAAUGAGCAUAUAGGCCAAGACAAGGACUUCUGGAAUAAUGUGCUCUGGACAGACAAAUCAAAGAUACAGUUGUUUGGCCACAGUAACAGCAGACAGGUUUGGCACUGACUAAAGACAGCAUUUCAGGAGAAGCACCUCAUACCAACUGUGAAGCAUGGUGGUUGAAAUGUUAUGGUUUGGGGUUGUUUUCCUACCAAGCAAAUCCACCAAAGAAUGACUCAAAAAGAAGAAAUGGAGGGAUAUGGAAUGGCCUAGUUAAAGCCCGGAUUUGAAUCCCAUUGAAAUGUUGUGCAGGGAUUUGAAACGGGCAGUACAUGCAAGAAACCACUCUAACAUCUUGCAACUGAAAGAAUAUUGCAUGGAAGAGUGGCCAAAAAUUCCAGCAAGCCAAUGUCAGAGACUGGUGGACAGUGAUGCAAUACAAGACGUUAUUUCUGCUAAAGGGGGUAAUACUAAAGUCUGAGUCCAAGGGUGUACUUACUUUUUCUGCAGAAAAAUAUCACAUCAAUUGAUAUUUCUGUUGAAUAACUGAUUGAAAAAAGCUAUUUUUCCCUGUGGUUUUGAUCAAGUAUAUCAACUUUAUUAAUAGGCACUGUUUUAAAGAUGAUAAAAUGUUUGAUUGUCCAAAUAUGUCAAAAAAGCCAACAAUUUCCAUGGGGUGUACUUAUUUUUUCACGACUGUAUUCGUUGAGAUGUUA